UUAGUUGUUCGCAUUAAAUAGUAUUUGGCAGUAGUUAUUGUUCAACGCAUUUAAUUACGUACAUCGUGGGAAUGCAGACGUACAAGUAAAAACACUGCGAUGAUUCUUCCGUAGGAUGUGUUCUAAAUUCGGUCAAACUCGUUGAUACGUUCUUUGUUCGUUUCAAAGUGCAUUUGUGAGAGGAAAAGGGAUACAAAUAACUGAGUUGCCUUCCUUAUCAGUGAACUUCGGAACACGCCCCACGCUGUUGAAACUAAACCGGCUGAACCCAACCCCUUUUGCUAUGCACAGAACGUAAUGUGUCAUUUUUCACGUGUUUCCGUAAACUUUUCGUGAACAAAGCGAAUUGUCGAAAGGAGCACGACAUUGAUUGAUUUCGAUCAAAAUACGAGUUUCUCAUAACUUCUGAGCAAGAUGUCGGGAACGCUGAAACCUUAUCUAGCAGCAGUGAGAAGAACACUUACUGCUGCUAUGUGCUUAGAAAAUUUCUCCUCUCAAAUAGUCGAAAAACACAAUAAGCCUGAAGUUGAAGUACGAGCCAGUAAAGAACUUCUUCUGACACCGAUAUUAAUAAGCAGAAAUGACAAAGAAAAGGUAUUGAUCGAAUCCAGUAUAAACAGUAUGAGAAUAAGUAUCGCUGUAAAACAGGCUGAUGAUUUGGAAAAGUUGCUAUGUCAUAAUUUCACAAGAUUCAUGACAAUGAGAGCAGAACACUUUAUUAUUCUCAGGAGAAAGCCAGUAGAGGGUUACGAUAUUAGUUUUCUAAUUACAAACAUCCAUGUAGAGCAAAUGUACAAACACAAAAUUGUAGACUUUGUGAUCUAUUUCAUGGAAGAAAUUGACAGAGAAAUAAGCGAAAUGAAACUAUCCAUGAAUGCAAGAGCUCGCAUUUGCGCAGAAGAAUUUUUGAAAAGGUUUUAAUUUUACGGACACGACGUGUUAGCAACAUAGCAAUAAUCACAAAUGCCAGGUCACUAAAAGUAACAGUGCCCAUAAAUCAAUCUGGUUAAUACACAGCCAGACGACACUUUAACGGAUUAAUCUCCCAAACUGACUUCAAAUGCUCCUUAAUCCAAACACGCCAAUCCCACAGUUUUCCAGUUACGAAAAAAUUCAUUCGAUUACAUUUCUCGAUUAAUCGCUGUUAUCUCCAGCUGUGUGUGUAACGAAUAACAAGUCUGACAUACAUGUAAGUACCAUAACGGUAUUAAAUUCAGCACGCGCAGUCCGCGAACGAUAGCCGUGAGCAUAUUCGCGAUCGUGCGUUUCGUUUUCCUAAGGGUGGGAAAUUGAAACACUUAUUGGUGGUGUAUGAAUAAAGCGUGCAAUUCCUUUUGCAUUUAUAAAGUUCUAUUUAUCUUACAAA